CAUAGUUCAUCCUUUAAACAGGUCAGAUAUAUAGCGCAGGAAGGCAGCGCUGCGUUAGGACUGUCAGCACACACACGUUUCACCCAGGACAGUGCAACAGCACACCAUGCGAGUUGUCAACAUCGGACCAGACCCUUCGCUGGCAUAUCGGCCAGAUCCGGAACUGAAAGAUGGCAAAGACAAAAGUGAAUACAGGAACUUUGAGAGUGGAGAUCUUAUCGAGAGGGUCUACAACACCUACAGACUGAUGCACACCAACCAAAGCCUGGCUUUCGUCAAACAGAAGCACGAAUCCUGGGCCUCCUGCAGCCGCACCAGCAUGACGGUGAUGGAAAGCAUCGAGGCGCUGGACCAGCUGGUGGAUGAGUCCGACCCCGACGUGGACUUCCCCAACUCCUUCCACGCCUUCCAAACAGCAGAGGGCAUCCGCAAGGAGCACCCGGAUAAAGACUGGUUCCAGCUGGUGGGACUGAUCCAUGACAUUGGGAAGAUCAUGGCGCUGUGGGGGGAGCCCCAGUGGGCUGUGGUGGGGGACACUUUCCCCGUGGGCUGCAGGUUCCAGAACUCCAUCGUUUUCAGAGACUCCACUUUCACAGACAACCCUGACGAGAAAAACCCCUCCUACAACACUGAAUAUGGAAUAUACAAACCCAGCUGUGGGCUUGACAAUGUGCUCAUGUCAUGGGGUCAUGAUGAAUAUCUGUACAGGGUCAUGAAGUUCAACAAAUGCACCAUCCCAGAGGAGGGUCUCUACAUGAUCCGCUUCCACUCCUUCUACCCAUGGCACUCCCACGGGGACUACAUGCACCUCUGCAAUGACAAAGACCUCAGCAUGCUGCCCUGGGUCAAGGAGUUCAACAAGUUCGACCUGUACACCAAGAGCUCGGAGCUGCCGGACGUGGACAAGCUGAAGCCCUACUACCAGUCUCUGAUUGACAAGUACUGUCCCGGGAAGCUGUGCUGGUGAGGAGAGGAUCCUGCCUUAGCAGCCACUCAGUGAGGCUUCAAAGGACGAGCGACGCAGCCAAUCAGCUUCACUCCACACAGCUUUAAUCUGCAGCUGCAGUGCCCGCAGGACCCACAGUCACCUGCCAUUGGUCACAUUCAGACUCUCCAUUACAGUAACUGAAGGCCUGAGUGUAACUGAGUGUCCUCCAUCCUCACCUGGUGCCCUUUCUGUAAAAUCCACUGUCUAAGCCCAGCCCCAGGCCCAUACUCUUAUCUACAAACACAUGCAGAAAUGCAGGAGUAUUGGUCCCUCUCCACCCCCGUGUUAGCAGCAGCUGCAGUCUGAUACCUGCAUGGAGUCUAAAGCAGUAUCACUCUUUACUUAGCUCCAAUACGCUGAAAGGAAAACACCCAAAUUACUUAUAACAAUAUGAAAGAGUCUGUCAAGUAGAAAUUCAACUGGGAUGAGAAAUAUAAAAUUUGUGUUGGUGUAAGGAUUGAUGAAAUUACCAUGUCAGUAAUAUUCCAAAUCUUUAUUAUAAAUCAUACAGAACAUGAAAAUGCUUUCUUUGCAUAUCUGUCUCUCAUUAAUCAAAUGCAUAUUAACUAUUGAAAACAGCAAGUCUUUCUCAUAUUUGCAUAGUAGUAACAAGUGCAGAAUCCUAAAAAAACACAUUAGUGUCAAGAGUAUGUGUACACAAGUAUCAAAAACCAAAUAUAUACACACAAACCCCAGAGAGCUGCAUGCUGACAACCAUCAGAAUGUGGAUGUGGAAUCUGAGAAUAAAAUUCUACAAGACUCAGUAGCGUCAUGGUGAUCAGUUACACCUACAACAGAAACAGUAUACUGGACAACAAAAUCUCCAGUCAUUCUCAUCACACACUCAGCCACACAAACAUAAUUCUGGGGUCAUCAAGCAUGUUUUGCAAAUGUGAAUGAAAACCGUUUUUCUACAGACCUGUCAUGGAAUGGAAAGUAUGUAAUGAUGGUGACAGCAUGAUCUAUGGUAUCAAGUUUUGGGUUUUUUCCCCCUAAAGAAAGACACAUCUCAAACUUUUAAGCUCAAGGCCCCCCACCCUCCAAAAAGGUAAGUAAAACAGCUUGUUAAG